AAUACGUUAUCAUUAUAUUAUAUCAACCCCAAAGCAAAGCAAAGAGCCAAAAGCCAAAAUCUCAAACUCUCUCUCUUCCUCAUCCUAUCUUGCAUUCUUUCUUUCCUUUGGCUUUUGUUUGUGAAAAUGUCUCUGCUCCUCACUGAUCUUCUCAACCUCAACCUCUCUGAUUACACUGAAAAGAUUAUUGCAGAGUACAUAUGGGUCGGUGGGUCUGGCAUAGACAUCAGAAGCAAAGCCAAGACUCUUCCUGCACCAGUUAGCGAUCCCUCAAAGCUUCCCAAGUGGAACUAUGACGGUUCUAGCACUGGCCAAGCUCCUGGGAAAGACAGUGAAGUCAUCCUAUAUCCACAAGCCAUUUUCAGGGACCCAUUUAGGAGGGGCAACAAUAUUCUUGUCAUAUGUGAUACAUACACCCCGAAUGGAGAGCCAAUUCCAACCAAUAAGAGGGCUAAUGCUGCAAAGAUUUUCAGCCUUCCUGAUGUUGUAGCUGAAGAACCCUGGUUUGGAUUAGAACAAGAGUAUACUUUGUUGCAGAAAGAUGUAAAAUGGCCAAUUGGGUGGCCUCUCGGUGGAUAUCCUGGACCACAGGGGCCAUACUAUUGUGGGGCUGGAGCUGAUAAGGCCUUUGGGCGUGACAUUGUAGAUUCUCACUACAAAGCAUGUCUUUAUGCUGGCAUCGACAUCAGUGGCAUCAAUGGUGAAGUUAUGCCUGGCCAGUGGGAAUUCCAAGUUGGACCUACUGUUGGCAUCUCUGCCGGAGAUCAGUUAUGGGCUGCUCGUUACAUUUUGGAGAGGAUUACAGAGAUAGCUGGAGUGGUGCUUUCCUUUGAUCCCAAACCUAUUGAGGGCGACUGGAAUGGGGCUGGUGCUCACACAAACUACAGCACCAAGCCCAUGAGAAGCGAUGGAGGAUAUGAAGUUAUCAAAAAGGCAAUUGAAAAGCUUGGGUUGAGGCACAAGGAACACAUUGCUGCUUAUGGGGAUGGCAACGAGCGCCGUCUCACUGGGCGACAUGAAACAGCAGACAUCCAUAGGUUCAUAUGGGGAGUGGCAAACCGUGGAGCGUCCAUAAGAGUUGGAAGGGACACGGAGAAAGAUGGGAAAGGCUAUUUCGAGGAUCGGAGGCCUGCUUCGAACAUGGAUCCUUAUGUUGUCACUUCCAUGAUUGCUGAAACUACAAUUCUCUGGAAACCAUAGGCUUACAUUUUCGGGGUGGUGAGGGAGUGGAAAUGAAUAAAUUGUAUCUGGUUUUUGUGUUCCUCUUCCACCCUGCAACCAAAACCACAAGUUGUGUGUUUAACCUUGUGAUUGAAGAAGGCUUGUCUGAAUUGUGCCAAUACUGGAUCACAACAAUAAUAUUUGAUAUUAAAGUGAUUGGAAUUA